AUGACCGUGACUGCCACGGCGACCAAUGGUCAUGUGCGUGGGAACGCGGCCAAUGGAUCAACCACUCGCUUGAAUAGAGCCGAAGAGUUGGAUGAUCUGCUUUUGGCCGUGCGCGACUUGAUUCUGCCUUUUGUCAAAGCCGCCGACGAUGCCGCGGCUCAUCGGGAAACAGGCCGGCUCCCGCUCGACGCCACUGGCACACCUCACAAUGUCCUCGUCGACGCCGUCAAGCCUCACAUCCUCGCUGCACAUCUCAAGUUCAUAUUGCCCGAGGAAGGGCAGGGCAAGGAGGGGCUGUUGGAGGGCAUCGCAAAGGUGCUCAAGUACAGCGUUAAUACUUGGGACCAGGGUUUUCUCGAUAAGCUGUAUGCAAGCAACAAUCCGCUGCAUGUGUACCAAGUCUCGCCGGCACUUACCAUUAUCGAAAAGACAACAGGACGCGCAUUGGCCAACAAGUUUGGCUUCACGGGCCCGAGGGCUGGUGGCGUAACCUGUCAAGGUGGCAGCUCUUCAAAUCUUACCUCCCUGGUCGUUGCACGAAACACCUUGUACCCGGACUGCAAGACCAAGGGCAACGUCAAGCAUGAUUUUGUUGUGUUCACGAGCGCCCAUGGCCAUUACUCUGUGGAAAAGAGCGCCAUGAUCUGUGGCAUGGGCUCAUCCAAUGUGUGGAAAGUGCCCGUUGACGAUGGCGGAAGGAUGAAUGCAGAUGCUCUUCGCGAGUUGGUGGUUCGUGCCAAGGAGCAGGGAAAGACCCCGUUGUACGUCAACACCACUGCGGGCUCUACAGUUCGUGGUUCCUACGACCCAUUCGAGGAUAUCUCAAAAAUAUGCAAAGAAUUCGGUCUCUGGAUGCACAUUGACGCUAGCUGGGGCGGGCCAGUCGUCUUUUCUGCGCGGCAGAGGUGGAAGGUCAAGGGAUCUCAUCUCGCCGAUUCCAUCACCAUCAACCCCCACAAGAUGUUGAAUGCGCCCACCACAUGUUCCUUUUUGCUGGGCCCAGACAUGAGCCUAUUCAACAAGGCAAAUACCACUGAUGCCGGCUAUCUUUUCCACGGAAGCACGGAGGACGAUGUCUGGGACCUUGCGGAUUUGACAUUGCAGUGCGGCCGCCGAGGCGACAGCUUAAAGGUUGCUCUCGCAUGGCUGUAUUACGGUGCCAACGGCUUCGAGAAGCAAAUUGAUCACGCAUUCGAUAUGGCGUCCUACCUGUGGAAACUGGUGCAGCAGACGGGCAACUUUGCCAUGGUGUCGGAAAACCCGCCCCCGUGCCUCCAAGUGUGCUUCUAUUACGCACCCGGCGGCGAUUUGUCGAGCGAUGCAGCGACGAACACGAAUCGCACUCAGGCCCUAGUUGAGAAAUUGAUUGACAGGGGCUUCAUGGUGGACUAUGCCCCUGGAGACGUGGGAAGUUUCCUGAGAAUUGUUGUCAAUGUCCAGACAUUGCCAAGCACGGUCGAGGGAUUGACGAGGGCUUUGGAGGAGGCUGGAAAGGAAGUGGCUUAG